CUCCUGGCAACAGGUCCCUCCCCUUCCCCGGCCGUUAGUAGUGGAGCAUGCGCGCUGACCCUUAUCUGUGGCCGCUGCAAGCAGCUUCCCGCCCGGGUUCUUGCUGCCGGCUGAGCUGGUGAUGUGGAGCCAGUGACAGAAUGAUCCUCAUUGCAGGCAACAUGGCAAAAAGAGUAGCUGACAAGGAGCUGACCGACCGCAAUUGGGAUCAAGAAGAAGAAGCGGAGGAUGCGGGAACCUUCUCUGUAGCAAGUAAAGAUGUUCUGAAGAACAGGGAAAUUAGGAAAGCAAAGAGAAGGAACACUGGAAGUGAUUCCGAAAAAGGAGGAGCCUUCAAAGGCUUUCAAGGCUUGGUAUCCUCUGGAGCAUCAUUUACUGGAUUUGGAAGUGUACCUAAACCAAUUCAAGGAUUAACCAAUGGAAACGGUGACACAUCCCUGUUCAGCAAUUCAAAGUCUACAACUGAAAGCAAACCUGUUUUUGGGUCUCUCUUUGCAAAUGGCCCACCAACAUCCUUGUCCUCAACAAUAGAAGUAGCUUCCACCACUGCGAAAACGAAUGGUGAAACGCUUUCAUCUACCUCUAGUCCUGCUGCAAGCAAGCCUGGCGGCUCCAGUGAAUACAACAAACAGUUAAUGUCCCUAAACAGUGCUGUACGGGACUGGAUAGUGAAACAUGUGAAUGCCACACCUCUGUGUGACCUGACCCCAAUUUUUAGAGACUACGAGAAACAUUUGGCUUGUAUUGAACAGAAGUAUGGAGCUGGCACAGACAGCGGAUCCGAGAGCGACAGCACUUCCAAAUCAACCCCCUCCGUUCCCACCCUUUUCUCUUCAAAUACAGAGGCCAUGCCGACCUUCUCCUUUUCCAGCAAAGAAGAGAAGUCGGAGCAGAUGGCAAAGUCUACAACAGAGAAGAAACCUGAAUCGGCUUCCCUUUUUUCCUUCAGUAAAAAGCCAGACACUGCAAAUUUCAGCUCAUUCGGCACUGGGACAGCAUCCACGUUCUCUUUUAAAGUGGGAGCCACCAGUCUGUUAAGUAAUGAUACAAGUAAGAGCAGUGCCGGGACGCCAUCAUUUUCCUUCCAGGCGGAGGCAAGCGCCAAGAAGGAGUCGUCGGGUGAGGGGGAAGAGUCAGAAGAACCACCUAAAGUAGUUAUACAAGAAGUCAAGGAAGAUAAUGCCUUCUAUUCCAAGAAGUGCAAGCUCUUCUAUAAGAAAGACAAUGAAUUUAAAGAAAAGGGAGUCGGCACGCUUCACCUAAAACCAGUAGGAGAUCAGAAGACCCAGCUGCUGGUUCGUGCUGAUACAAACCUCGGCAACAUCCUACUGAACAUUUUGGUGCAGCCUUCUAUGCCGUGCUCAAGAAUGGGAAAAAACAAUGUGAUGAUUGUUUGCGUUCCUAACCCUCCAAUCGAUGAGAAGAAUCCCACCGUCCCCAUCACCAUGCUGAUCAGAGUGAAAACUACGGAGGAUGCUGAUGAGCUGCACAAACUUCUCCUGGAGAAGAAGGGAGCCUAAAGAGCCGGCCCUUUACAGGAUUACCUUCCUUGCCAAUCUGCUGCUCAAUAUCGAACUCAAAAGGUCACCAUUUAUUAUCAUGUCUGUUGACCCUCAUAACUUCAGAGUGUUUUUCAUAAGUUUUUGUUAAGAAAGGAAUCAAUUGGUAAUAAAAGCUUUAAGGAAAGUUUUUAGUUUGUAGAAUGGAAGGUGAAGAAUUCCUGACACAGAUACGAGUGAUCUUUAUUGUCAAAGCCUUAGCUGUUCUUCACGCGAGAUCCUUCAUGUUUACAGUGUGAUGAUCAGGGCCUUAAUUCGCAUUCCUUUCCUCUAGCUCCAGAUUUCUUAAUCUUUGCUGAGUUGCCAGACACCAUCAUAGGAUUUUCAGAGUCCUCGAGCGGUCUGUGCUGUGUUUGGUCAAAGUAUCACCACUUUACUUCUGCAGCCCCGCUCUUUCUGUACUGACUUCUACUCAGUCCCGUCCGACAGAUCAUCCACAGACUCAUCCAACCAGGAGACGGCCCUCUACAACACGUCAUCUGGAG